GAAAGUUAUCAUCAAUGGAUUCUAGGAGUUUCCUGGAUCUCUCGCAGCUCGCUAUCUGGUUUUUCCAACAGAUAUCUGGAUUGUUGAAGUCCCUCCACAAGGACGAGAACCUGUGAGCACGAUGCCUCCUGCAGCUGAAGCAAGAAGGCCUCGUCAACAGGCUCCCCUUAAUCAGGCAGCAGUAGUAUACCCCUAUCAACAGCUGGCCUUUAUUAGUCCUAUUCCUAAUUCUAACCCACAGGCUCUCAGCCUGUUCCUGACGGUUUCUCAGAGGGAGAUCCUCACGGUCUCUCAUCUCUUAGACAUAGAGUUCAACUCCCCCACCCUUCCUACCUUGCCUAUCCCUUCUAAAGAGCCAAUACCCCUCAGUGGUGGUAUUCCAGUUGUGGGAGUCAUCUCACCAUGUUUUCGUGAUAGCAACAAGGUCAUAACUUUCCAAGUGCAUCACAGUUUCCAACUCCUCCUGCUUAUUUCCCACACUGCAUGCAUUGGUAUAAAGGCACUUCAGCUGGGCUUUCUGUCUCACCGCCUUUCUAGAGGAUCUAGGAUCCCCUAGAGCAACAGCAUGCCCCUGUCCUUCUCCAUCCCUUCGUACUCCACCCUCUUCACCCCUCAAGUUCGGUAUGAACCCUCGAACUACCUGCUCAAUCCCAGUGGCCCUCAUUUUGUCUCCUUCCCCCUUCAUACCUAGUUAUCAUUAGCCCAACUGAAGUGCACCUAUACGAAUGUGUGCAGCAUGGGCAACAAAUAGGAGGAGCUGGAAGCCAUUGAGCCACAGGAAAACUACGAUCUAGUUGUCAUCACAGAAACACAGUGGAAUGACUCACAAAACUGGAGUGCUGCAAUGGAUGGCUAUAAACACUUUGAAAAGGAUAGGCUAGGAAGCAGAGAGAGCAAGGUAUGUUAGGGAGUGUUUUGAUUGUCUGGAGUUUAAUGAUGGUGAGGACAGGCUUGAGUAUUUAUGGGUAAGAAUCAAGAGGGACAGCCAACAGGGUAGACCUCAUGGUGGGAGUCUGUUACAGACCACACAACCAAGAUGAAGAGACAGAUGCAACAUUGUAUAAGUAGCUGUCUCACAAUCACUAGCCCUUGCAAUACAGAGCUGAGAAAACAGUCUAGGAGGUUCCUGGACUGUGUGGAAGAUAACUUCCUGACACAGCUGGUGAGUGAGCCAACCUGGGAAGGCACGAUGUUGGAACUUUUGCUUGUGAACAGAGAAGGACUUGUGGGUGAUGUGAAGGUUGAAGGCUGUUUUGAGCAUAGGAGUUUUUUAUCCUUGGAAAAGUGAAGAGGAAGGUUAGCAGAACUGCCUCCUUGGAUUUCUGGAGGGCAAACUUUAGCCUGUUGAGGAGUCUGGUUGACAGAGUCCCUUGAAUGUUUUCCUGACGAGCAAAGGUGUUCAGGAAGGCUGGACAAUCCUCAAGAAGGAAAUACUAAGGCUCAGGAACAGGCCAUCCCCAUGUGCCAAAAGUCAAGCUGGCAGGGAAGAAGACCAACCUGCCUGAACAGAGAGCUUUAGCUAGAACUGAGGAAGAAAAAGAGUUCAUCACCUUUGGAAGAAGGGGCAGGACACUCAGGAGGACUACAAAGAUAUCAUGAGUCUAUGCAGGGAGAAAAUCAUAGAAUCACAGAAUCACCAAGAUUGGAAAAGACCUCUAAGAUCAUCCAGUCCAACCAUCCACUAUAUCAUCAAUAUUUCCCACUAAAUCAUGUCCCUCAGUACAACAUCUUAAAUGAGAAGGGACAAAGCCUAGCUGGAGCUUUAUCUGGCUACUGCCAUUUAAGACAACAAAAAUGCUUCAGUAAUUACAUCAGCAAUUAAAGAAGGACUAAGAAGAAUCUCUAUCUUUUAAUGGAUGUGGGGGUAAACACAGUGAUGAAAGAUGAGGUACUUAAUGCCUUCUUUGCCUCGGUCUUUAGUAGAAAGACCAGUUGUUCUCUGGAUACCCAGCAGCCUGAGCUAGAAGAUAGGGAUAAGGAGCAGAAAGAAGCCGUCACAUUCCAAGAAGAAAUGGAUAGCGACCAGCAACAACACUUAGAUGCACACAAGUUUAUGAAACCAGAUGGGAUCCACCCAAGAGAACCAAAGAAGGUGGCAAAUGUUCUCACCAAACCAUUUUCUAUCAUUUGUCAGCCAUCCUGGCUAUCCAGGGAGGUCCCAGUUGACUGGAGGCCAGCUAAGGAGAUACCUAUCUACAAGAAGGGCUGGAAGGAGUACUCAGGGAACUACAGGCCUUCAGUCUGACUUCAGUGCUGGGCAAGGUUAUGGCAGAGAUCAUCUCAUGUGCUGUCACAUGGCUCUUGCAGAACAAGCAGGUGAUCAGGCCCAGGCAGCAUGGGUUUAUGAAAGGUAGAUCCUGCCUGUCUAGCCUGAUCUCCUACUAUAAAAGCUGACUUGUUUAGUGGAUGAGAGAAAGGCUGUGGAUGUUGUCUACCAAGAUUUUACUAAAGCUGCUCCUGGAGAAGCUCCCAUGUUCUCCUGCAGAAAAUGGCUGCUCAUGGCUUCAAUAGGCAUAUGCUUUGCUGGGUAAAAAAACUGUCUGGAUCCCAGGCCCAAAGAGUUGUGGUGAAAGGAGUUCAGUAGUGAGGCCUGUUCUCUUUUAUAUCUUUAUCAGUGAUCUGAACAGGCUGCCCAGGGAAGUAGCUGCAUCACCAUUCCUGAAGUAUUUACAAGAUGUGCAGUGCAGUGCUUAGGGACAUGGUAUAGUGGUAGACUUUGCAGUGCUAUGUUAACUGUUGGAGUUGAUGAUCUUGGAGGUAUUUUCCAACCUAAAUGAUUCUAUGACUAGGAUCUGCUUUCAUUUCACUUGGCCAAAAGUAUUUCCCAGCCAGCUCCAAGAGGAUGUUCCCAGAUGUUGCCCUUACUUCCAGAAUUACUGCAUUACAGUGUGCAGAUACCUGGACCAGGUCUGGCACAGGAAAUGUCACCAGGUGUUUUUGUAUUUGUACAGCUCACUGCUACUCUCCAUCUCCAUUAUUUACCUUGGGAGUUUAGACAAGGGUAUUUUGUCCCUGGAGUAGCUCCUCUGCGGCGCGCAGCAGGGCAGAGCCACAGCCUGCAGGUGGUGUGGAGAGAGGAGAGAUGGGAGAUGUGUUAAAGGCUGUGUGGAGUGCAACACAGAGAACAGCACUGGACAGGAUAGAUCUGCGGAUCCUAACAUGGUGACUCUUGGGCUGAAGGACAUUGUAUGUGGGGCUGUCAAACGGCAAAGCUGGCAUGUCCAGUGGCUGUUACCAUCUGUCAGGAUGGCUUUCUCUCUUCCUCCAAUGCAGAUUAGAAAAUGUUGUAGAGAAUUGCAUUUAUGAGGGAACGUUUAAAGCAGAAGACGAAGGCAUGAGCUACUUGAAGGGGAAGGCAUUUUCUGGAGUCUGUGCUUUCAAAUUCUUGCUGUAGAGGGGAGGCAGGUGUCAUGGGUAUGGAAUGUCAGAUUUCUACAGGAGAAUGUGAUUCCUAGAGCACUGCACUGAGAGAUCAAUAUUGUCGGUGAUGAACUAUAAAAAUUUGCUGUCCUCUCCUCCCCCACUUCAACCAACAGACUGCACCAACAUCAGCUUUGUGGUGCCAUCAGGGCUCUUCUAAGAUGACCUUUAGGAUCUCCAACACUGGGGCUGCACGCACUGCACUCUGUGGGGCUCACAAGCAACUGUCCCUUCCUUCGGGACACACUGUCUCUAGGACAUUCCAGUCUUUCCCUGGGAUUCCUGCUGGGAUACAGGUUGCCCUCCAGAAGGGCUCGCCUCUUUUGUGGUAUCUGUGUGUUAUCUCUUAGUCCCAUGGAGGAGUCACCUUGGUGCUAAAGCCAUGGAUGGCUCUGUAUGGGAACUUACAGUGAGCCCUCUCUGUCCCUGCCCAGGAGAAGAGCACCGAGACUCUCCUCAUCUAAAGUGAGUCAGGGUGAGGAUUUUGUUUAUCUGCAUUUGUAGCCUGGAUUCCUCUGCUCUCAGUAGUGUGCAGGUUCUUCUCAGGGGGCAUACAAGUGCAAGAAUCUUCCUUCUCAAAGAGGUGUCAGCACAGGGCAGCUGAGACCAGGGCUGACAGACAGAGUGGCUCUCCUCACUCUGAAGUAAGGGAUGGUCCCUUUGACUCUUAGGACCCACAAGAUUUCACUUGGAGUGCAAAAGCAAUGCCAAUGCUUUCUGCCUUAAAAGCACUCCUCUAGUGUGUGGGGGAAAAUAAAUGAAAUCCAACCCUACAGUGCUGUCCUGUAGUUGGGUGAAUUGGUAGGGACAAUGCUGGAAACAUUUCUGAUACCAUGAGGAUAUCAUGAGUGGAUAUAAUCUGAGGUCAUCGCAUGUUCCCAUUUACCUACUGCUGUAGGCUGAACAGACUCCUCCAGUGCUCUUGCUCCCAGUGACUGCCUUAGCACCCACCAGAGCUUAAUCAAGAGAGGCGCACAACAUUCUCUGAAAGACAGGGUACAUCGGGGGUCUUCUGUAAGAACAGUUACAGGAUUUGAUUAGAGACGUCUGUCCUAAUUCGUCAUGGCCUUUUCUUCCCUGGGCAGGUGCCUGUGCCAAGACACAGCAGAUGUCCAACAGCAGUUCCACCACUGAGUUCCUCCUCCUGGCGUUCACAGACACGCGGGAGCUGCAGUUCCUGAGCUUCUGGCUCUCCCUGGGCAUCUACCUGGCUGCCCUUCUGGGCAAUGGCCUUGUCAUUGCGGCCUUAGUCUGUGAUCAUCACCUGCACACCCCCAUGUACUUUUUCCUCCUCAACCUCGCUCUCUGUGAUCUGGGCACCAUCUCCAUCACUCUCCCAAAAGCCAUGGCCAAUUUCCUUCGGGAUGUCAGGGCCAUAUCAUACACAGGAUGUGCUGCACAAGUCUUUUUUCUCUUCUUCUGUACUACAGCAGAGUGUGCUCUUCUUACUGUCAUGUCCUAUGACCGCUACGCUGCCAUCUGCAAGCCCCUGCACUACGGGAUUCUCCUGGGCAGCAGAGCUUGUGCCACCAUGGCAGCAGCUGCCUGGGGCAGUGGGGUUCUCAAUGCUCUGCUGCACACUGCCAGUACAUUCUCACUGCCACUCUGCCAAGGCAAUGCUGUGAACCAGUUCUUUUGUGAAGUUCCCCAGAUCCUCAAGCUCUCCUGCUCCAGCUCCUACCUCAGGGAAGUUGCUCUUCUUGUGGUUAGUCUCUCUUCUGCAUGUGGGUGCUUGGUUUUCAUUGUGCUGUCCUAUGUGCAGAUCUUCAGGGCCGUGCUGAGGAUGCCCUCAGAGCAGGGCCGGCACAAAGCCUUUUCCACGUGCCUCCCUCACCUGGCCGUGGUCUCCCUGUUUGUCAGCACUGGCACCUUUGCCUACCUGAAACCACCCUCCAUCUCUUCCCCAUCCCUGGACCUGGCAGUGGCAGUGCUGUACUCAGUGGUGCCUCCAGCAGCAAACCCCCUCAUCUACAGCAUGAGGAACCAGGAGCUCAAGGGUGCCCUGAGGAAACAGAUGACUAGACUUUUCAGAAGUAAACAUCUGCCUUUCUUCUUCUGCAAAUCAUUCUAGUAAAACUCUUGAUUGUCAGAACCUGUCAUUUGCUCAUGUUGAUUUUCUUCCCCUUUGGUUUUCUGUGAAAAUAUUCUCCACAUAGAAAUGCCCCUAGUCAUUCCUCCUGAGUAUCUAAACAAAAUAAAUGACCCCACAACAACUUGGAUAGAGCUAAUUCUUUUCCUAGUAGCUGGUUUGAUGGUGCGCUAUGAAUUUAGGGUGAUAAUCAUGUUGAUAACACAGAGAUGUUUUAGUUGUUGCUGAGCAGCACUUACAGUAAGUCAAGGAUUUUUCAGCUGCUUAUACAGCCUUGGUCCUGAGGAGGCAAGGGGUGCACAAGGAGCUGGGAGGGACAGAACCAGGACACCGUAGGACAGAU